UUACAAAAGGACACAUUUUCCCUCUGAAAGAAAUCUCGCCGUCGACACAGCAAUCAGAAACUGCUAAGAUUUGAUUCCAUCUGAUUCAUCGGCACUACUAGUAACCGCUGCUUCCCAAGUUGAUCCCGAAUUGAAUAAAUUUUACGUAGAUGUUUCCACCGACUAUUUGGUCUCAAGAAUCUCUCUGCUUUUCUUCAGCUCAGGGCCAUGCAGGCAGGAGGAGGAGCGCCGGCGGUGGACGGCAAGGACGUGCAAGCGACGCCGGCGAGAGCGGCGCAGAGGAGCUUCAGCCUCCUCAGGCCGGUGCUCCUCUCGGCGGUGCUCGCCACGGGCUUCCUCGCCGCGGCCCUGCUCAUGUUCCUCGGCGGGGCCUCCUCCUCCUACUACCGCCUCCCGAGGCUGGCCGUGCCGGACGCGCUGCGCCCCGCGCCGGCGUGCCACAAGCAGCGCGGGGAGGAGGGACAGGAAGGCGGGGCGGCGGAGCGGUGGUGGGCGCGGCCGCCGGCGAGGAGCGCGUGGCACAACAUGAGCGAGGAGGAGCUGCUAUGGGCGGCGUCGUUCGAGCCCCGCGCGCAGCACCGGCGACAACACCGGACGCCCAAGGUGGCCUUCAUGUUCCUCACCCGCGGCCCGCUGCCGCUGGCGCCGCUGUGGGAGCGCUUCUUCAACGGCACCGGCGCGGAAGGAGGCAGGGAGCGGCUCUUCUCCGUGUACGUGCACACCACGCCGGGGUACCGCCUCGACUUCCCGCCGUCGUCGCCGUUCCACCGCCGGCAGGUGCCCAGCAAGGCGACACGGUGGGGCGAUGCGAACGUGGUGGACGCGGAGCGGCGGCUGCUCGCGAACGCGCUGCUCGACUUCAACAAUGAGCGCUUCGUCCUCGUCUCCGAAUCCUGCAUCCCGCUCUACCCGCUCCCGGUGGUUCAUGCCUACUUGACCCGGUCCCGACACAGCUUCGUCGGCGCCUUCGAUGAGCCGAGCCAGCACGGCCGAGGUCGGUACCGUGUUGGGCUGGCCCCGGACGUGACUCUCGCCCAGUGGCGCAAGGGCGCACAGUGGUUCGAGAUGGACCGGCGCCUAGCCGUGUUCGUGAUCGCCGACGACCGGUACUAUCCGCGGUUUCGGAACGAGUGCCGGGCGCCGUGCUAUGUGGACGAGCACUACCUCCCCACCGUGCUCUCCAUUGUGGCGCCAGAGCAGGUCGCCAAUCGGACCAUCACCUUGGUCGAUUGGUCCCGUGGCGGCGCGCACCCGGCCACGUUUGGCGCCCCCGACGUGACAGAGGACUUCCUGGGGAGGCUGGUGGGGAAGAAGGGGAGUCCUGAGAGGUGCAUGUACAACGGGCAGCCAAUCGAGGUGUGCUUCCUCUUUGCAAGGAAGUUCGCCCCUGCUGCGUUACCACAACUGCUCAGCCUUUCCUCGAAGAUCCUUGGGUACUAGCUAUGCCUUUUACUUAACUGGUUCUGGUUGCUUAUGUAUAGCUCAUACUCACAGAAGGGGAAUAGAGGAAUACAUUUUUUUUUCAUGUGUCACAAGAGCAAAAGGAUGAAUGGUUGAGUGGGUAGUUUUUUUCUUAACCAUUCAUAUUUCUGAUAACUUAGAGUUUUAAUUUUUUUUAAUCAAUACCUUAGAACACAUAUUAUCCUUAGUGUCCUAUAUAUAAAAGUAAAUGUCAUAGUUUGGGAUAUGAGUAGGGCAGGCCAUUUUUUAUAGCCAAAGCAGGGGAGGUCAUAAUCGGUGCUUUUAGCGCCAAUCCAUUGACCGAACACCCACACGGAACAUUGAUUGGGCCGGUCCAUUAAGCACGAGCGCUCGAUCGCAGGUUGAUCCUACUAAGGGAAAUCACCACCGCCACACUCCCCAACCAAGACGUCAAACCUAACAAAAGUUGUAACAAAAAUUGUAUCCAAUUGGGGUGUCGACAUCCUCCACACCACCAUGGCUCAAAGGCCAUCGAAAGCGGGAGGAGGAAGAAGGCUUUUCUUGAGGAGGAAAGGGAGCCCUCUUUACUACUCCCUCCGUUUCAUAAUAUAAGAACGUUCUUAUACUAUGGGACCAAGGAAGUACUAUAUUGCAAAGAUGAUACAAGUAACAAGUGUAAGGUGAGAGCGCCACCGUCCAUGGUGAGAGUAAUAUAUGAAGUAAAAUAGAUGACACCUAAGAAAAAAGAUGAUGUGGUACAACUAAUUAAUAAGGAGGACAGAUUGAAUAACGUAUGGAUAACAUCAUGCAUAUCAAUCAAGAUAAAUGAAGUAUUGUAUUACACCACACACAUGUUACUCCCCGUCAUAAAGGUAGUACAUAGACUAGUAGUAACAUAAUAUGUGUGUCCACUAUGGUUAGUCUGAACUUCAAAUUUGUCCAGGAAGGUUGUUUGGCUGAAAAGAAGAACAAUUUUCCCUGAUGCUGGUCCACACUCCAGAGGUCUCCCAGCCAGAUGGUCUAUCCUUCCAAAACAUCAUGACUUGCUGUAUACACCAUCUAUCUUCACAUCAUGCAAGUGUCGCUGAAUCAGGAUAUCUAUCUAUCAGGCUUCUCAGGCAAUGCAAAACGGAUGGACUCACAACAUCGACGCCGGAUCGGUCUCAAAAAUAAAUAAAUAAAAAUCAACGGCAGAUCCCCUGAUGUUCAUACGGUUUCAACACUGGGAAAUGCAUACACAGGACCUCAGAAAAUGAAACACAGGACAAAGUCGACCCGGAACAAUAAACCAUCGAAUGUAAAAGACCAUAUACUCUUCUGCCCCAUUAAUUUCUCCAAAUUCAAACCUUCAGCAGAGCGAGAGAGGAACAAGGUAUGAAAGAACCAGUUCUCGUUCUAACAUGAGCACCAACAUGGUUGUUUGCUGUUUGGUCUCCAGACAAAGAUGCAGUUAGCAAGUUACUGUCAUCAUCUUAUAUAGACUGAAGAAAAGAGAAAGGCAUGGACUCUAAAUCACCGCACACCCCACUCAUUUUGACAGUCGAACCGAAAUUAUAUGCUACAGAAAAAAGAAGGUAAGAAUUCAGUAUUCUAACAUGAACACUGACAUGCCUGAGUUACAACCAUGGACUCUAAAUAACUGCACACACACACUACUCACUUGGACAGUCAAAUCAAAAGUAUGAACAUUGACAUGAUGGAGUUACAGCCAUCGUCCCAAAAGACAUGGACUCCAAAUAGCUGAACCACCCCAAUACACUUUGAGAGUCGAAUCAAAAUUACACAUGACUUGUAAUUGGUCUGGUACAUCCACUCCAAACAGAGGUUUCCAAAUCAUCCGCGAAUCAGCACGAAACUACUACCACGGUACACAGGCGCCCCCCACAGGACCGCGCCUAAAUAGCAUAUAUAUACACAGGAGUUCUAUCAACACUUCCGCU